GUCGAAGAGGUGUACAACAGCCAGUGGCGCCGCGCAACCCGUCGGCACCAUUUCUUUAUUUACUCUAUUUUUUUUGUUCUGUUUUUCUUUUAACAAAAACACUGUGUACCAAACGAAAAUAUACUCGUUAGUUGCCGAGACGAGUUUGAAUAGUAAAAAAAACAUCUGAGGUUGAGGUAAGAGAUUGCACUGAGGUGAAUUUUGCGGAGUAUAAAGGGAGUGAGAGCGACGUAUGCGUCGUUUUCGAGUGGUACGAUGAGACGACGAGGGACGAGAAAGCUGCAUCGUCGUUUCUUCAAACAGCCUGGCCGUUCGGCGUCCUCGACGCACGAGGACGAGGGCGAGGAGACGGCUGAACAUUCGCGGAACAAUAUCAAUAUUUAAUAAGGAGUUAUUUGUUUACUCGAGAGCUACGGUUCCGAGGAUGUACGUGUGAGAGAGAGAGAGAGAGAGAGAGAGAGAGAGAGAGAGAGUGAGAGAGAGUGACGAAGAGAGAGACACGAUCCCUGUACGCAAUCGCGGGGAUUGCCCCACGUGAAAUAAUGGCAUCUCAUGGGAACGCCUUGAUUUCACUGUUUUUCAUCGGGGCAUUGUUUAUUUGCGUCUGCGGACGCACUUAUGAGACACGGAGAUCAACCGGCGAUGGCGUCGCUGGGGCAUCGGCCAUCAAUGAACUGCCCAUGCACGGACCCAGCGCUGAUAAUCAGGGGCUGCCCAGCAAUCUUGGGGACGCUUAUCCGGGGAAAAAUUUCGGACCCAUGGGACCCGUUGACAGGUCCUUCCCCGGUGGUGCGUCCAGGAAUCUCGCUAAUGGGGGCGAUGAUGCGGGCAGUCCUACCACUACUGUCAAGACACCCAGGCAGUAUGAGGUCUUCAAGGUCGAAUUUCCGAGGGUCGAAACACCAUUUGUCAUCGGCAUCUGGAUCUUCUUCGCUAGUUUGGCGAAGAUUGGAUUUCACAUGGCACCGAGAUUGAGCAAAAUCUUUCCCGAGUCGUGCCUCCUGAUUGUCGUUGGUGUUGUCAUUGGUGUACUUCUGUUUCAAGCCAGUGAAGUUCACGUAUCACCGUUGACACCAGACACAUUCUUCCUCUACAUGCUUCCUCCGAUAAUUCUCGAUGCCGGCUACUUCAUGCCAAAUCGAUUAUUCUUCGAUCAUCUCGGUACAAUCCUGCUAUUUGCUGUCCUUGGAACUAUAUUUAAUACACUAUCCAUUGGUGCAUCACUCUGGCUCCUGGGACAGAGUGGACUCUUCGGAUGUGAUACACCACUGCUCGCCAUGUUUCUAUUUUCCGCACUGAUAAGCGCAGUCGAUCCUGUUGCGGUUCUAGCUGUCUUCGAGGAGAUUCAUGUCAAUGAAAUUCUGUACAUUGUUGUGUUUGGCGAGAGUCUACUUAAUGAUGCCGUCACUGUCGUGUUGUAUCACAUGUUCGAGACGUACAAUGCCAUGGAGGCGUCCAGCAUCACGUACGUGGAAAUACUGUCGGGGUUUGCGUCAUUUAUUGUUGUUGCCAUUGGGGGAACGGUUAUCGGAGUUAUAUGGGGUUUUGCCACUGGUUUUGUCACGAGGUUCACUCAUCAGGUGCGGGUUAUUGAACCAAUUUUCAUCUUCGUUAUGGCUUAUCUCGCUUAUUUGAAUGCCGAGAUAUUUCACAUGUCGGGGAUAUUGGCCAUCACAUUCUGCGGCAUAACGAUGAAAAAUUACGUGGAAGCUAAUAUAUCCCACAAAUCCCACACAACAGUAAAGUAUACGAUGAAAAUGUUGUCAAGUAGCUCGGAAACAAUAAUCUUCAUGUUCCUGGGGGUUGCAACAGUUAACAAUCGCCACGUAUGGAAUACGUGGUUCGUCUUCAUGACGAUAUUUUUUUGCUCAGUUUAUCGGAUACUCGGCGUACUGCUGCUCACAGCGGUGGCUAAUCGAUUUCGCCUGCACAAACUCGACAAGGUGGAAAAGUUUGUAAUGUCGUAUGGAGGUCUGAGGGGUGCUGUGGCAUUCGCCUUGGUACUUCUCAUCGAUCCCAACCACGUGCAACUGCAGCCAAUGUUCGUUACAACUACCAUUGCAGUUAUAUAUUUCACAGUUUUCAUUCAGGGAAUAACGAUCAAGCCAUUGGUGAGAAUACUUAAUGUCAAGAGGGCGGAGAAAAAGAAGCCAACCAUGAACGAGAGGAUACACGAGAGGAUCAUGGAUCACAUAAUGGCGGGGGUCGAGGAUAUCCUGGGGAAGCAUGGAAAUUAUCACGUGAGGGACAAAUUCAAACGCUUCGACACGAAAUUCAUUCGCCCAUACCUAGUCCGCGAUCACUGCGGCGCCGAACCAAAAAUACUGGAAACCUACUCGAAACUAGCUAUGAAAGACGCCAUGGAUUACAUCCGUCGUAAUGCCUCGACAAUAGGAAAUAUAAGUGGGACCGAGAGUAUGUCCGCCAUAUUCCGAAACUACAGCAAUACUGGCCACUUCAACUCCAGUCCCAGUUGCAGUCAGCUCGAGAGUGGCUGGAACAUAGACCUCCAAGAGUUGGAGUACUACCCCUCGAAGAAAGACCUGACGGACGCCAAAAUCCACCACCUCCUGGCGGAGGAGCUGUGCAAGCCGUACAAAAGGGUAAAACAGCAUCGUCGACUGAGCUACAGUCGUCACGCGGUCAACGACCGGGACCUGUCGACCCAGGUCAAUUACAAAAUGCACAUGAACAUUCGUCGUAUGAUGGGUGAGCACAAACACAGGCACAAACGCAGCAAAAAGUUGAUCAAGGACGGGGGAAAGCAGAAUCACGUGAGUUUCCCGGAAUUGCAGCAACAGAAUGGCUCGACGAAAUUAUUCUCCCAAGAUUACAUCAAUGGGAUUUUGUACGAAACCGAGGACGGCGAGGAGGUAAAACCCUCCGACAAUCCCGAUUGGGACUCAGCCAUUACCUUCACAGCUCGUAGCACAGAUUCAAAUCCACACGGUGAGAGCUCACAUCAUGAUAAUGGUAAUGACGAUGAUACUGAUGUGGAUGAGGACACUGAGAUGGGAAUUGUGAGGAGGCAGAGGGGUGAGUCUGAGGGUGAACCUUUCAGGGUAACAACACCCACUGCCAUUGAGACAAUGUUACCGUGGAAACGUGAGGACGAUUACGACACUGGGAGGCCUGUUAAACAGAAUGAAUUUCCACCCUGGUGCUCCAACAAAGAGUACAUCGCUUACAGCUCACCUUCAGCGACAUUUUUAGGUGGAAUCGAGCAGCCCAAGAGUCAAUCGGUAAUCGGUUAUUUCCGUAAAGACAGUAUGGUCUCUCCCGACAUAUCCGGCUACCCGGAUCCCGACGAGAGCGAUGAGAUCGAGGCGAUGGACUCAAAGCACUGCGAGCUCUCCCCAGCCCCGGAUAACGCCAGGAGUGUUAAGAGACGUGGCUCAAUGAUGGAGCUCAGUUCAGCCGAGUCAAUAAACAAAGAGAAACUCAACAAUGGCUCCCACUCAUUACCGGAAUACUGGAAUACCCAGAGAUUGCGUUUACAAACGACAUUUCCCUGUUCAACUACAAAAGCACCUAGUCUAUCGACAGCACUGAUAUCAUCGUCAACAGAGUCAUCGGAUGAUUACGAGGAGGAAUGACCGUGGAUAGAGACGUCUUCCAUUGAGGGGCGUCAACGGCGAGGAAGUGACCUUCGCUCGGUACUGUCGGGCCUGUUCCGUCGACCGAGUGCUCCUGUAUGAUUUUUAAAUACUGAUAUAGCGAUAGUAUGAAAAAAUUCAAGAGAAUUUUAAUGUUCGUGGGAAAUUCCAUUCGUUCUCUCCUGCUCCUAUUGGAAAUUGGAGUUGUUUUGGGGUUUUUUUAAUACAAAAAUUGUUAACUACCGAAAAAACGUGAAGACAUAUUUUUUCAAUGGCAGAGUGGGAUUAAAGUUUUUCAUAACGCUCAUUUGCUAUUUCGUACAAGAAUUAUUAAUAUUUGCUGGUGUUUCUGUUGAAUUUUUCAACCGAAAGAUUCUACAGAUAGAAAAAUAAUAGUAGAAAAUUUUGACAAUUAGAAGGAUUGCUUUAUUUCGAAUUUUGAAAUUCUUUUGGAAAUUUUAUUCGUUUGCUCCUGGUUCUAUUGAAAAUGUAUUUUUUUAAUAAAUAAAUCUUUUAAAUAUCGAAAAAAUAGGGAAAUGAAUUUUUUCAAUGGAAUAAUCGAUUCAGAAUUUUGGAUAACAUUCAUUUGCUAUUUCAUACAGAAAAUUAUUAAUAUUUGUUGGUUCUUCUGCUGAAUUUUUCAACCGAAAGAUUCUAUAAAUAAAAAAAUUAUAACAAAAAAUAAAAAUAAAAAGAAUUGUUAAAUUUAAAAUGUUUAAAUUCUCUGCGAAAUUCGAUUCCUUUCCUUCGGAAAAUUCAACAGAUUAUUCAUGUUUUUUUUUUUCAAUAAAAAAAUUUUUUAAUACCAAAAAAACCAGGAGAUACAUUUUUUCAAUGGAAUAAUGGUUUUAGAAUUUUUGAUAACACUAAUUUCCUAUUUCAUGCAGAAAAUAAUAGAAAAAUAGAGAAAAUAGAAGAAUUGCUUGACUUAAUUUACAAAUAUAAGAAAAGCUGUGGAAUUUUCAAAUAAAUUCUGUCGAAUUUUUUCAUACUUCGUAAUAUAUUAUUUUUUCACUAAUUGUUCAAUGAGAUGAGAAUGAAGUUCUGAUAUGGAUUGAUAAAUACAAUACCUGAAUUAAGAGUCAAUGGAAUCAAUCGUUUAUCAUAUUUUUCGCGAAUGCUGGCAGGAGGUGGAUCACUAUGCUAUUUCAAACCAAUUUCCGAUCAAUUUUUUUCAAUCAGAAUUGACAAUCGAAUGAAAAAUAUCGAAUGCCAAUUCGGUGUAAUUUAUUCUAUUCUCGUACGCAAUUUCACCAUUUUUUCCACUGAAAAGUUGACUUAAUUUGUUUACGAUGUGGGGUUUUGUUUUCAUUUUAUUGGAGAAUUGUAAAGGUGAAGUAGUCAAAUUGUAGUUAGAUUACGUAAUUACAAGUCUGUGGGCACCACGGGCCACGAUGACACGGGUGCCUUCAACUGAAACCUGACGAGUGUUUUGGUUACACGUGAGUCCACUAAAAUCGGUGGUAAUUUUUCAAUUUUUACGGCUCUUUUCAUUGAUCGCGAACGAGAUUGUUGGGAAAUUUCCCGGAAUUCUACUGAAAAUUCAUUUUUUUUGCGCGUUUCACAGGAAUUGAAGUCAUCGAACUCACGACAAAUAGUUUAAUAAAUGAGCGUCACAUUGUGAGGCAGAACAGGUCUCUUCAAAUUACAAAAAACAAAAUAAAAAAAUUCGAUGAAAAAAAAAUGGAAUUUUUAAUAGAAUUCCCACAAGAUUUUUCCACUCCUCUUAAAAAAUUUCUCGUAUGUGCAAUGAGAAGAGUUAAUAUUGAGUCAUUGAUUUACGCCGAAUGCCAUAUCGUACUGCUAUCACAAAACCAAGUUCCAAAAUUAAUGAUCGUCACGAGCGAUUUUUCGAAUCCUCUAAACAAUGUAAUUGAUCGACCCAGUUUCCCCACUGGCUGUCGAUUUUAUUUUUAGCCCACUCUAGGACGUUCAAAUGAAUUAAAUAAAUUAACAACCACCCAGUGGUUGAACUAAUGAAAAAGCAAUUAAAAAUUGUGAAUUUCGAAUUUUAGGGGUAAUAGUUGAACAAUUUUUUCUAAUUUAGUUAAUAUCGAUUUGCUUAAACGGAGGUUAAUGGGAGUACAAAGCAGCCAGAGUGGCACAAUGUGAAUACGAAUUGGGGCAAUCAUCUGUGGGAAUGCGCCAUUGUAGAUAAUAUAAAUAAUUCCGGGAGGGGGAAACGACUAAAAUUGGUGGAAAACUCUGGACGACGACCAGCAUAGGUGAUUACGCUCGAUUAGUCUUUACGCUGUUGAUUUGUUAAAUAAAUGUUUAUUUCGUAA